AUGAGGACGCAGUACCACGAUUUUCUGCGAGAAUACGUGGCGCUUGGUCACAUGGUUCCUGUGCAGGAUGAUGGGGAAAACAUUUCAAAGGUGUGUUAUCUCCCACACCCUCCUAUCGUAAAGGAAUCUAGCUCGACCACAAAGGUACGAGUGGUCUUCGAUGGAUCAGCGAAGAUGAGCUCUGGUCAUUCCCUCAACGACUCCUUGCUUGUCGGUCCCGUUGUGCAGGAUGAACUGCUCAAUCAGAUCAUCCGGUUCCGUAAGUUUCCGAUAGCACUGGUGGCUGAUAUCGAGAAGAUGUAUCGCCAAAUCUCGAUGAAUCCGGCAGAUCGUUCGUUGCAGAGGAUUUUAUGGCGUUUCGACGCUUCUGAGCCCAUUCAAGCGUAUGAAUUGGGCACCGUCACAUAUGGCCUCGCUCCAUCCUCGUUCCUCGCCACCCGAACACUGUUACAGCUCGUCGAAGAUGAGGGAAUCCCGUUCCCGAACGCAAGCACGGCCAUUAAGAAGAACGUUUACGUGGACGAUCUUAUCGCAUUCGAAGAAUUACAACAGCAUCGAAGCAGCCAUUCAGCUACGAGGUGA